AAUGAUCCAUGAUUAGUAUAGAUUCUUCGGAAAAGAAUUAGUUAAUUCUUCAGGUGAAUUCUAAAAGGAAAACACAGAUAGAAAUAAACCAAAGCAUCUUACUGUAUUACCUAGAUAUCUGAAACUAAAUUUAUGGUAGGAAGAAAGAGAAAAUAAAAUGGAAGUUGAAAAUAACACUCAUUAAUUAUGUUCUUUUGAUUAAUAGAUGAUUAAAGACCCUUAAUACAUUUCAUUAUAUAAUUAAGAGAUAUUUACUUAUUUGUUGACUUAAGAAGAAAAAUAUUUAGUUAGUAAUAAUUAUAUGAAUGAAUAAUAACAACCUGACUUAAAUGCAAGAAUGAGAGCAAUUCUAUUAGAUUGGUUAAUUGAUGUUCAUCUUAAAUUUAAAUUAAGAGAUGAAACCUUAUAUGUUACAACAUAUUUGAUAGAUAGAUUUCUAAAUCUUAAGACUACAACUAGAUAAUAACUUUAAUUAGUUGGUGUAGCUUCAUUAUUUAUAGCAUGUAAAUAUGAGGAAAUAUAUCCACCUGAUUUGAAAGACUUUGUGUAUAUUACUGAUAAUGCUUACACAAAAUAAGAUGUUCUUGAUAUGGAAGGAUAAAUAUUAUAAACAUUAGACUUUUCUAUUACAUAACCAUCUAGUUAUUGUUUUCUUUAAAGAUUUGGUAGAAUUGCAGGAUUGGAUACUAAGAAUUUAUGUUUAGCUUAAUAUCUUUUAGAAUUAUCAAUGAUUGAUAUGAAAUUUAUGAAUUACAAACCAUCAUUUCUUUCUGCGGCAGCUAUUUAUCUUGUACAUAAAAUAAGGUAUCAGAAAUAUAUUUUCAUUAGGAAGACUACUUAAUCUUGGAAUGAAGAGAUGCAAAAAAUGACUGGAUAUAAUGAAUAAGAACUUAGAUAUUGUGCUAAAGAAAUGUGUCUUGUAUUGCAAUCAUAAGAGAAAUCAAAUUUAUAAGCUGUUAGAAAAAAGUUUGCUUAACCUAAAUAUUUAGAAGUAUCACGUAUUAGAGUAGAAAGAUAGGUUAAGUAAUAAAAAUGA